AUGACUGCAACUAUUCCUACCUCCACUCGCACAGUGGUUCUUCAGAACUACAUCUCAGAAAAGCAUGACCUGGACCUCUCUUCGUCACCUUCUGGUACCUUUGCCUCCAAGGUGAUCCCCAUUCCUAACCCGGUUUCGGAGGAUUCUCUUCUCGUUCAAACAAUCUAUCUUUCUAAUGAACCUGGACUCGGAUUCUUUCUACAAGAGUCUAUAAACUUUGAUCGUAGCGAUAGAGUCCCAAUUCCCCUCGGUUCACCCGUUACUUGGCCUGCGGCGACCGGUCGCAUCAUGCAAGUUGGCGGCAACGAGGCAAACGGACAGCAUAAGGUUGGCGAUAUUGUCCAGGUAUUGCGAUCUUACUGGGCAGAUUAUGUUGUUGUGAAGAAAGACAUGGUAAAACUGAGAAAAGCGAUACCCGGUAUUCCCAGCAGUGCAUAUUUAGGCGGCCUUGGAGUAUCUGGUGCUACAGCAUAUUGGGCAUUGAAAGAUGUAUUGAAGCCUAAGCCGUCCCAUACGCUCGUCAUAAGCGGAGCCGCAGGAGCUGUCGGGAAUGUUGCCGUUCAAUUCGCAAAGAAAGUCAUGGGAGUUAAACGCGUCGUCGGAAUUGCUGGCACAGACGAGAAAUGCAAGUGGCUGAAAAGUAUCGGAGCGGACGAAGCAGUUAAUUAUAAGAGUCCGAGGUUUACUGAAGACCUGGAGAAAGCAACUCCCGAAAAGGUUGACUUAUUCCUUGAUAACGUUGGCGGAUCCAUCUUGGAUGAGGUGAUGAUGCGUAUGAAUCCCCAUGGAGCCAUAUGUAUCGUCGGAAUCAUGGCUCACAUGAAAGACCCACAGGCACCAGUCGUCAUGCGUAACUACGGGCAAAUUCUCGUCAACAGGCUAUCAUUGAAGGGUUUCAGACUCCAUGACUAUGUGGAUCGCCUCGACGAGGCCGAAGAGGUGCUUACUUCGGCGGCAGUCGCAGGAAAGCUGGUGUUGAACGGUGCGGAAACUAUCGUCGACGUCCACGGUAAAGUCGAGGAGAUACCAAGGUGGUUCUUCAGAAUUACGUCUCGGCCUGAGAAACGCACGAACUCGACAUCUCCUCAUCACCGUCUGGGACCCUUACUGUCAAAGAUAUCUCUAUUCAGAAGAUUCACUCCUCGUUCAAAUAAUCUAUUCCUCAAUGACCCCUACCCUCGUUUCUUCCUAGAAAAGUCUGCAGAAUAUGAUCGUGAAGAUCUAGCCACACUGCCGCUUGGUACACCCUUCUCAUGUCUUGCGGCGAUCGGUCGCAUCGUACAAGUUGGCGGCAACGAAACAGACGGACUGCACAAAAUUGGUGAUGUCGUUGAAGUACUCCAGCCUUACUGGGCAGAUUAUGUCGUUGUGAAGAAGGACAAGGCAAGGCCGAGAAAUGAAAUACCUGGUGUCAGCAUAUAUGCAGCCGUCGGAAACGUUGCCGUUCAAUUAAAGAAAGUCAUGGGGGUCAAGCGUGUCGUCGCAAUUGCUGGUACAGACGAGAAAUGCAAGUGGAUGAAGAGCAUUGGAGCGGCCGGAGCAGUCAAUUACAAGAGUCCAACAUUUAUUGAAGACCUGAAGAAAGCAACUCCUGAUAAGGUUGAUUCAUAUUUAGAUAACGUUGGAGGAUCGAUCUUGGACGAAGUGAUGAUGCGUAUGAAACCUCACGGAGUCAUCUGCGCCGUCGGAUUCAUGUCUCGUAAGUUCCCUAUCGUUUCUUUCAGACAUGUUGUCACUGAGUGGUUCACGAUCUGGGACCAUUUCGACCGUCUUGGUAAGGCAGAGGAGGCGCUUAUUUCGGCAGUAAAUGCAGGAAAACUUGUGUUGAAUGGGCAGAGAAUGUCGUCGACAUUCACGGAAAUGUUGAAGAGAUACCGCGUGUUUAAAAGGAUUAUUCACUGGUUUCAACACUGGGAAGAUUGCGGAGUGGAAAAAGAGCGCGAAUUAAUUGACAUUGAACAGGAACGUGUCUGA